AUGUCUACCGUCAACAUCAUCAAGUACUACUUUCAUGUGGAAGGACUCCCUAAAGAUCCUAACUAUGUCCGCAACUUGGUGCGCUUAGCCUACCAGACCGCGACUGCCAAGAACCUCUACCCUCGCGCUGUCUUCAUCCGCGCAGAUGUCCAUUCUACCACGACCAUCAACGGCAUUUACCAGAAAGAUCCAAAGGGCGAUCACAUCACGCUUUGCUUCAAGAACGAGGAGCACAUGCGCAAAGGCACGCAUAUUGCCUGUCAUGGCUAUGUGACGGAUAGAAACGCCCUGAACUUCAGGGAGGCGACUGAUUCGCCCGAGAAAGCGGAUUCGACAAAGAAGAAGAGCAAUAAGAAACCGGUAUGGCCAUCUUCAGACAAACUCCAGGAGCUGCCUGAAGGGUGGUACAGUCAUUUGGACAGUAAGUGA